GUGACCGGAAGCUAGGAAUGGAGCGGUUUUGGUAAAACGUUUUGAAACAUAAACAAUUUCUCCGGGUCUUUCUGUUGUUUGUCAAGCAACGUUACGUAAAAAUAAACAUUCGUGACAUCAGCGAGAGAGUGUUGAGGCAAUGAGGGCCCUAACAGCAAAUCUCAGUGAGGAAAUGGGUUUUCAUUCCGGUUUCCCUGCCUAACCUGUCUGUGUUUGCGGGUUGGGGAUGACAGCUGGAACCGUGCUGCUUUGCCUCCUUUAAUGCAACACUAAUGACAUCGCCAUGGACGAUUCCGAGCUGGAUUUUGUGGACCUCUGCUCCAGAUUGCUGAAGCGCGUCCGCAAGAAAGAACCAGCCAGACCGAGCAAGAAGGCAGAAGAACAGCAGAGCUCCAGCCAAGCAACCCGGGGAGACAAGAGAACGGUUGAUAAGCAGGAUGGGGAUUCUCUGUCCGGGUUUUCAGCCACUGGGUCGGAGGUGGUCUGUGGAAGAACUGGGUGUGACUCAGGGGAUGCUGUUCAGUCUUCUGCUGUUCCUCCAGCUGACGCAAACCUGAGGGCAAAAGACAAAGUUCUUCUCAGGAUGCAGGAGUUUAAGAGAGCCAGUCCGCAGAAGAUGACGCACAGUAACAGAAUCGGGCCAGCAAAGAAGGACGUCUGUACUCUGACUGUACAGCAUCAGAAAGCAGGCAAUGCAACGAUUAUCCCAACCCAAACAAAGCCAUUUUUGCCCUCAGCGGCGUCGCCCCGCUCCGAUCCCCGCUCUGAGCCCCCAGAGAGUGACGAGGCGCUGGCCCUGCGGUUGCAGCGGGAGCUGGACAGGGAGGCGGCCGAGGCCCAGAUCGUGGACCUGGAGGACGGAGGCCUCUUCUUCUGUCAGAUCUGCCACCGGGACUUAUCACACAUGACCCCCGAAGGGCGCACACAACACCUCAACAGGUGUUUGGAUCAGAAUGAACAGAGCGCACCGUCUCUCCCCCCGCCCUCCGCUGUCCCCGACUGUCCCAUCUGCGGCAAGAAGUUCAAGAGCCAGAAGAGCCGCUCGGCCCACCUGAAGCGCUGCUCCGCAGACAUGGGCGUCUCCCCGGCCGUUCUGCUGCAGGCUCUGCAGAGACAGGCCGAGGAGAGCCGCAGUUCUGCCAACGCACACCUAGAGACGGGCGGCAUCAAGAGGAAAGCGCCGCCUCAGCCAGCGCUUCCAACGAGGAAGAAGCCCAGGAAGAAGUCCGACCGGCUGGACGAGGACACCAUGGUGGCUCUGGCUCUGUCCUCUUCCCUGCUGGAGCAGCAGAAGGAGCAGCAGGUUCAGAGCGGUCCGCCUCACAGCUCCGUGACUCCACUGCUGACGUGGAAGCCAGAUGCUGCUAAAGGACGUGUGAGAAAGAAAAAAGUAGCCGUCCCUCGUCCUCCGCCACUCCUCCUAGUUCAGGACGCAGAGACGGCCCUGGCGAGGCUGCAGGAACGAGUCUCUGCUCUCUUGCUUCGCCGCCGGGCGCCCUCUCCUCCCACCCCGACGAGAUGCCCCAGCAAGCUGCCCGGCUGGACAGGUGCUGCCCCCCUCUGGCGGAAAAGUACACUGCUGGAUGGAGGCUCCACCUGUCCGUCUCAGUUCUAUGCUGCGGAGCUCCAGCACCUGUUUACUACGGCAGACUUAUCAAAGCCAGAUGCGGUCUUAUCAAGCAGCAGCAACAAGCCAGAGUCUUCUGUCCCACCCGCCCUGCCCUCCUGCUCCCAGACCUCCUCUCCCUCUACUCCAGGGUGGGGAGAGCUACACGUGGGAAGCCAGGCCAUCCGAGACCUGAUGGAGCUGGCUGAAGACGGCAUGACUCUGACCCAAUACGGAUACGCUGACAAAGCCAAGCACCUGAGCGGUUUCAUCCAGGAGGAAGAGGAUCAGGCCGAGCCGUCGGACGACACCGCCGGCAGCAGCAGCCGGACAGUGAGGAGGUCAGACCAGCCAGAGGCAGAGCGAGACGCAGCCAGACAUGAGUCGGUGGCGCUCUCCAGGCUGUCCUCAGACCUGAGCAGCAUGGUCAACAACCCUCAGCUCAGUGACCUGCAGCUCCAGGUGGACAGUGGAGAGGUCUACUUCGCACAUUCCUUCAUGGUGUACGCUCGCUGCCCCCUGCUGGCUGAAAUGGUGCAUGAAAGUGGGUUCGGUGUGCAGGAGGAGGGCACGGCCGCAGCUCAGAGGGUGUUGCUAAGCGACGUACCGGGUCAGGCGGUGCUGGCUGUGCUGCGGUACCUCUACACCGCCCGCUGCUGCGUCGCUGCGUCGCUGCGGCCUCACGUCCUGGAGCUGGCAUCCAGGUUUGACCUGCAGGAGCUGGAGCGGCUGUGUCAUUUCCAACCGGAGAACAUGGCGGCGGCGGGAGACGACGGGCUCGACGUAAACCAGGAAGAAAACGUCAACAACCAAACGGACUGGGCCUUCGUGGAGCUCCUUCGAUCCAUGUGGAACGAGGAAGACUCGGAUGGAGGCGGACGGUCGGAGGAGGAUCGUCCAGAGGACGAGGUCGCCGCGGGCGACGGAGAAAUCGGCGAGGAGCGAGUGAAUGAGGAGGAGCUGGAGGAGAUUUAUGAGUUUGCCGCCACGCAGAGGCAGAGGGUGAAGGAGGAAGAGGAGGAGAAAGAUGCGGAACCGGAACCCGGCUCGGACCGCAGCUACAGUCGGCUUUUCUCCCAGUCCUGGGGCGGAGAGGCUUCAUCCUCGCCUCCUCUUCUUCCUCAUGAAGCGGCACCCAAACACUCUUGCAGGACUCUGCUUCAGUCGUCUGCAAGCAUCGCCGACGAACCCUCCCUCAACCUUCCCGUCCCCGGGCCGUCUCCGGGGCGACCGGCUCCGGAGGACCGACACGGGCGAGGCGAAGAAGCCACAGCAGAGAUCCGAGGUCGUCGCAGCGCCACCCCUUCGCCUGCGAGGAGAGACGAGGCCGAGCUCAUCGUUCUGUCCGACUCCAGCGAAGAGGCGGAAGCCGAUCGGAGCUUCACAGGGAUCAAACCCGGCCAGAACCCGAGUCCCACAGAAUCGGUCUGUGGCUCCCAGUUCUGUCCCGGCGAUCCCGCCGGGUGUUCGCCAGAGCUUUCCUGGCUCGUCCCUUCCACGCCCGUCAGGUCUCCGGUCGGAAGCACGAGGACCGCCUCCGUGCAGACCGACAGCAGCAUGUGCAGGACGCGGCUUUUCCCCAGAAUGGACCCGUCCCACACCUUCUCGCCGUCCAGGAACCCCAUCCCGACCUCCAGCACUCCUCUUAAAGCCUCCGCAGAACGCCAAGUUUCCCCAGACAAACGGAGGAGCACUGAAGCGUUUGGAGCAAACCGCUCCUUUAGAGAUUCCUCAAAGCACGAGGCUCCUCUGCAGCCACGCAGCAUCAGCAGCACGUCGGGUCAAAUGAAAGCGAGGACACACAUGUCCAACCCUUCAGGUCAGUCCUCGUCUUCUUCUCCUGUGGAGUCCGGCGUGCAGCCUGGCGUCAGCGACACGAACGAAGUAACGUCUGUCCCAGAUGUGAGGGACUCUAGUUUCCAGCAAAGUUUCAUGGAUGAGCCUCCGAUAGCUUUUAACGAUUCCUGGGGCCUGGACGCCUGCGCCGACGGCGACCCGGGCGGCUUCAGCCUGAAGCUGGACGACACCCGAGAGUCCAGCUCCGGAGGGAGACCCGAAGCGUCCAGACCGACAGCUGCAAGCAGCGUCCAGAACCCUGCUGCAGGUCCAGGCCCGCUGACCACGCCAGAGGUCCACAACGACCUGCUGGACUCCAAAAUAUGGGGCAGCUGGGAGGGCGAUGGAGGAGCAGGAGAGGAGGAAGACGAGGAGGAGGAGGAGGGUCUUCCUCUGUCUCAGAGAGCGAACCCGGCGGCUCUGCUCCAAACUCCAAAAUCGUGGAAGCAGACCCGGCGGCGCCCCCCGGUGGCCAUCACCCCCAUGCCUCACUACUCUGACAUGGACACGCCGGAGCUCAAGAACAAACUCAGCAGCUUCGGCGUGCGGCCUUUACCGAAGCGUCAGAUGGUCCUCAAGCUGAAGGAGAUCCACCAGUACACCCACCAGCUGACCAGCUCCGAGGAAGAGGAGGAGGAGGAAGGAGAAGAGGCGCCCCUGGGCAGGGCGGUGUCCUGCGCAAGGUUUAAAGAGCCGACGGCGCCCGCUGCUGCCGCGUCCCCCGUCAAAACGAACCAAGAGGAAGCCGGCGAUCCGCUCUCUGCCUCCCAGGGCUCAAACGCCUCGUCCACCGCCGCCAGCGACGAGUCGGAAAGCAGGUCCAACCCUGAGCUGGUUCUCUCCUCCGACGGCGACUCGGACAGCGACGUGUCGUCCUCUCAGGCCGCCUCGCGCCUCCAGGACCGCCUCCAGGCGGUGCGCUCCUUCAUCCUGUCCGACUCCGACCUGUACGGUCGGAUCCUCCAGUACCAGCCUCUGGUUCUCUCCCAGCUCCAGCAGCAGCUGAAGGCGGCGGGGAUCCGCCUGGGCGCCGCCAAGCUGGUGGACUACCUGGACUCGCAGUGCAUCACCUUCACCACGGCCAAGCCGGGCCACCACGCGGCCGGCCGCAGGCGGGGGGCGUGGACGGGCCGGGGGGCGAGGGGAGGCGGCAGGAAGAACGGAGCUUUAAAACGUUAGCAGAGAAUUUUGAUGUAGAAAAUGUGAAAAAAAUAAUUGUCUGGUUAAAACUUGUUUUAAAUUCUGAGGCGUUUACACCAAUUUAAACUUUGUAAAUACUUGAUUUUUUUUUUUUUUUAAAUUGGUUUCAGGUUUUAGGAGUUAACUUUUCAUAUGUUGCAUUGUAUUGUUAAAAAUAAAUCAGAAGUGUUUGUUA